AUGGCACCGCAAUUCAAGAAGCUUACGGACUGCCCGGAAAAUCUGCGGGAGGCCAUCGACUGGCUCAUACAGGUUAGGCAUGGAGGUAACGAUAACAAAGGUCUUGAGAAGUUGGGUAAGGCUUUGAAAGAGUUUAUUGCCGACGCCAUUUGGAACACUCAAAAUAGUCUUGAUAAAAAACGAGAUGAAAUCGAUAAAAUAUAUGAUGUUGCAGAGAAGUUAUCUAAAAUUGCGAAACUUGAUGACCAGGAGAUGUCCUUUAUAAAUCUUCAGAAAGACCUCGAACCUUUUUUGGAGAAUCUUCAAAUCAAUUCAAAAGAUCCUGAUAAAAGCAUUUUGACGCGAUUAUGUACUGGCCUCGAGACCUUCCUCGGCUUCAACAAAGAUUCCAAAGGCUACACAGGGCAGGGUAUUGUGUACUCUGACAUGGAUAGGCUGUGUGAUGCGGUGAUGGCGUUUUUGCACGGGGUGUUGGAGAGUGUUAAGGAUGAUGAUGCUGUGACAACUUAUGAUCGAUAUGUUAAAAUUGAAAGUAAAGACGGUCUAGAUACUGUUCUUGACUUUAUAGUCAGACAAAUUGGCAAAGGGCGUGAAGGGCUUUUGGAGUCUGUCAUGCGUGUGAGGCAAUGGUUGGAGGGAUAUGAGAGGCGAGUUGGGGAGAGGACUGGUAAUGUUAGAGACAUAUUAAAUAGUUUACGUUCGAGAAUUAAUGAUAGGAUAGAUGAUAUUACGGAACAAAGGCAAGAUUCACUGAAAGACCAGUUGAACUAUUGGCAGACCGUCACACAGGACUUUCUUGGCAUGUCCGAAACUGCCAAAAAUUUUUUACGCGAUUUGGACCAAGGAUUCCAAAAGCAGUUAGAUACAUCAGCUAAUGCAGUGAUAGAGGCGAUUAAAGUUUUGGAAACGAGUACUAAUAAUAAAGGUUUCACAAUGGCUGUGACAGCUGUUCAAAAUGCAUUUGACACGCUACCGGGAGAAGUUGACAAAUUCAUAUCGGAUAAUAUUAAGAGUACAAUUAUGGAGCAUAAAGCGAAGGUUGAACUAUUGAAAAAGGAAGUCAAGGAAAAAAUGGAUGCAUCCCGCGAUACGUUUAUGAUUAAUGGGAUCAAGAUGGCAAAAGUGGAUCUGAUGAAAGCCGUUAUCACUUUCAGUAAAAAUGCAAUGAAUAUGGGAGGAUUAAAUAAUAGUGUGGUUAAACAGGUGAUUGAAACGCUUGAAAAAAGGUUGAAGGAUGACGCGGAAAAGGUUAAUGACGCAAACUCACUAAAUGCCUUGAAGAGUAACCCGGUAGAGAUGCAGAUCGUGAAUAUUAUCACAUCUCUUAAUGGCAAAAUGGCUACAGAUUCUACUAAUGGGUUAAGCAGUUUAAUGGAAAAGAUUGUCAAACCUGAAGACGUAUUUAGGGACAACCACGACGCUGCAUUGUUACAGUUAGUUAAUAACGCCAAAAACGAUAUGCAGAAAGCUCUUGAGUGUGCCGAUGAACAUGCCAAGAAUAGGGGGGGGCUGAAUAACAAUGCGGUUGCAAGGGUUAUAAGCGCAAUUCAAAACAAGUUAGAUCAGGAAGCUGAAAGAAUUGAGACCUUGGAUAAGUUGAAAGAGUUGAAAAGGAAAUUCAUGGAUGGGGAACAGAUAACUCAAAUCACAAAUGCCCUUAGCAAGGAUAGCACUGCUUCACAUGUUAAAAGCGGUUUGCAACAGUUGACAACAUCAAUUGAAGCCCCCGAAGAGUUGUUUCGUAAAGCUCAUCAGGAUAAACUUGCGGGGCUGGCGCAGAAUGCCGAAGACGAUUUGGAGAAAUUAAUUUCCAAGGCUCAAGAAUGUAUCAAGACGCACGGUGGGGUAAAUAAUCGUAAAUUUUUGAAGGUAAUAAUAAAUAUUGAAGGGAAGUUGGGGAGUCUGGAAAGUAGCAAUGGCAUAAUCGAUACCUUCCAAAAGCUUAAGGCUUUGAAAAAUCCAUACAUGGAUGGUCAAAUUAGGAGUAUUACAACGACACUUAAUGAUAAUGAUGCAGCUUCCAAUGUUAAGAGUAGUCUGGAAGGUCCAAAAAUGUCGAUUAAAGCUCCUGAUAAGAUAUUUAAUGAUACACAUAAAACUAACUUGGAUAGGUUGGCUGGGAAGGCGCAAGAAGAUUUGCAGAACGCCAUAGACAACGCUAUAAAAUAUGUUGAGUCAUCCCAAGGCUCUUUGCAAAGAAAUAUUGUAGGUGCUUUUGAGGGCGUUUUGAAAAGUUUUAAGCAAGGUCAAAAAACAGUCACCGAGUUGAAAAAUACGAUUGAAAAGGAAUUUAAAAGACUCACAAACAUAUCCACGACUCUUACUAUUAGCCAUAAGGGUAACGUUCAAUCUAAAUUGAAUCAACUAGACGAAAAUAAGAUUUUGGCGGUUAAAGGUAUUUUAAAGCCCCAAACGUCUGAGCAAGUUAGUGAGGACCAAUUAAAUUCAUGGUUCAAGAGUGCAAACUCUUAUCUUCUCACAUACGUUCUAGGUGAGGCCAACGACGAAAUCAUAAAAGCCGACCACGAAUAUCAGACGGCGGUUAAGGCGCAGCUUAUGCAGAUUAAAUCUAAGAUUAAGAAUUUUGAACAAAAAGCCGAGACUAAUAAUCUUGGAGAUAUUACCUCCGAUCUUGAAUCCAAUUUUCUCUAUAUACAAUCCGCCAUCACCAACCAUUCCGUCUAUGAAACAGACAAAAGUGGCCGCCAAGAGUAUUUCAACCACCUUACGAUACUUAUUACCGACACGGUUUCUAUACUGAAAACCGCUUAUCAAAAGGCCUAUUCAACCACGGCCAAAACAUAUCUCAGUGGAGCUAUUAAAGAAAUAAAGGAAAGGGUUGAAAACGCUGAAGAACAAUACAAGGAUACGGUUAUAAGAUUAAUUCAGAAGAUCGAAGGGACUGUUAGUGAGAUUAAAAAUAGAGCAGGCAAGGAUAAGCUUGAAGAAUUAUCCACAUCACUGAAACACUUCGAAGAUAUACAGUCCGCCAUCACAACUAAAUCAGUCUUCUCCGAAGACAUCAUCGAACGCCAACAAUUUUUCGAAAACCUUAAAUCUCAAAUUAACAACACUGUUGCCACCUUGCAUCAAGCGUACAAAAACGCGUACCAGAGUGCGGCUAAGUCCUAUCUUAGCGGGGCGAUUAUGACUAUUAAGUACAAGGUUGAAGCGGCAGAAGGAACCUACAAGGCGGCAAUUAGAGGGUGUAUUGAGCAGGUUAGAAAUAAGAUCACUACGCUUCAGGAUGCAGAUUUCAAACAGAAUAGUGAUAGAGCUAGAUUAACUGCGAAGCUAACCUCUGACUUCGGUCAGCUGGAAGCGGAGGUAGCCAAAAAUUCUGCCUUCGAUGAGGAUUUCACAUCUCGUAAACAAUGCUUCACUCAACUGCAGACGUUAAUCAAGAACACUGUAGAGACACUGUCAUCCUUUUACGAAAAGGCCUACCAGAGUGCGGCCAAGACAUAUCUCAGUAACGCCAUUAAGAACAUCAAGGAUGAAGUUCAGAAGGCUGAAGUGCAAUAUGCGCGCGCUUGUAAGGCAAACAGUGUCGAUAUUAAGAAUAUGAUAAUGCAACUCAGGGAUGAAUCUACCAAAAAAGAACUCGAAAGAUUCGUUACGGAUCUCACACAGCCUUUUGAUAAUUGGAUAUACGCCAUACGAAAAAAUUCCGCUUUUCAAAUGGAUUAUGAAGGUCGUAAACAGUGUUUCGAAAAACUUAAAGACUUGAUUAGAAACACAGUUAAUACGAUAAUUUUAGCUGCAACUACAUUUGACACGUGUGCGUCAAGAGCAGUCAUAUACCUGACUGAAUCUUUUAAAAACGCCGAAACAGGAAUUGAUAAACUGGGAGUUGGAAUCAUGGAUAAAGUUAAAGCAGCCUUUGACAAAGUUAUUACAGAGGUAUACGCCAUGUACUCCGAAGACAAAAUUGCUCUGUUAAAAUCUUUGAAAAACUGCGUUGAGGAGCAAAAAAGAGAAGUUGACAGAAUUAUUGGCAUCGAAUUAAAAAAAGGAAUUAAAGGAUUUCUACAUUUGUUGAAAAUGUGGAUUGAUAAGAAAAGUGGUGACCUUAAAAAGGCUCAGGACUUGAAAUCGUUGGCUGACCUAUUUGAACACCUUAACAAACAUCUCCAUAGGUAUGUUAAAUUCCAACAUGACGGCUUGGAAGUGGGAGACGAUAGCGAUGAUGAUGAUGAUGAUUCCCUAUCUCCCACCCCGGCUGUCCGACAAGUCACACCCUCGAUUUCGGGUGGCGGUUACAGAGCCAGGCCGGCUGUGCAAUCCGUAUCAUCAAAGGAUCCAAAUGCACCCCAACCGGCUGGACGUGCAGGAUACUUAGGUAAGGUGCGCACUCCGUCCACGGGCCAACAGUUUUUAUCUCCACAGCUUACCAAAGAUCCCAUUUCGGACUGCUUUGACAGGAUUGAUCAUCACACUCGAGGACUCUUCGGCACGCUUUCCGCUGGGUACUUCAGCAAAUCAUUCGCAUCAAAACGUGAAGAAUUUGUGCAGUUCCUUGAUUCAAUCCGUCCAUUCAAGUCCGGCGAGCACUGCGAUACUUUGCUCUACAUCCUCAUGUCAUGUCUUCAAUCUUUUCUCAAGGAACUGGGCAAGGCGUACAUUUCCACUUACUGCGGAGCGGCAUAUGUGUUCGAGUGGGAGUUAGAUGGUGAGAAGUGUGCCAAGGCCUUCCUGACGAUUCUCGAGAUACUUUAUCAUGAUUUGGAUGGGUUGCGUAAUAAAUGUAAAGAUGCGAAGCUGUAUAGAGCUAACAAACUUUGUCUAAAAGAAGAUGAUAACAGAAGGGCAAAUCACUUAGGCAUCUGGUUCGACCACCGUGGCUUCACGGUGUCUGAUAAUAAGGACAAGCAAGAUGGUGAGUUGGACACAAACAAGACGGGCGAAAAUAUCAUUGGUAUGAUUGCCGGCACCAGCGUAACAACGGCUGCCAAAAAUAUAUACAAAGGACAAGACGAUACAACCGGAGCACUUAAAUCGCUUCACGAAUACCUCGAAGAUUACUACCGUGUCUGCCACCAUAGACUCAUCCCAGACGCCAGGGCGCCGACCACAAUAUACGAAAUGUUGCAUUGGCUCGGUGGGCUGUGGUACAACCCUGUUGCCGAACCUCUGAGAGACAGCCUCAGAAAAUUGUUGGAAGAUGUAGAAAGGGAAAACAAAGUUGAAACUGAUAAACUACAAGUCGCUCUGCCUUACCGAAGAAGCGUUAGCAUGAGUAGAACACUGACUCGCAAUGAAUUAAUAUACGUGUUCAACAACUCAACAAUUCGAUCAAAUUUGUUGUUGAUCGCCAUCCUCGGUCACGGUCAAGAGGACGGACGGUACGCCUGUGACUUCCUCACAAACCCGGACGAUUUAUUGUACCCAAGCAACCCAGAUAAAUGUCUCGAUCUGCUUGUGGAAGUAUCGUUGCGUGUGAAUCAUCAGAUUCGUUUCCUAUUUAAGCAGUGCCACAAUGGCCCUGAGUGCGGUGGGUGGCGUGACUGCCUCUACGGCAAGGGAAUUGGCGGAUCACGUUGGCAGUGCAAUAAGCUGCAAUGCCCCAACCAAGAGUGUGAACAAAAGUGCAGGCAACAUUACUCCUGCGGCGUAAAAUCACCCCUUCAAUUGUUCCUGGAAGAUGGUCUACUUGGCUUCCUGCCUCACCCAUUCGAGAAGCCUGAUUGUAAGAUUACCUGUUCACUGCAAAACCACAACGGCAUCCCGUGUAAGACGCCGAUGGGUUUCCGGGAUCUCAGUAUACGGGCAUCUCAUCAGCAAAAAGGUGAACGUAUCAAGAAGGUGCUUGAUUGGUUCUGUGGUACAGAAAACGAAUCGCUGAACUUGCUUUGCUCCUAUUUCUUACUGCUGCUGCGCCGUCCUCCGCAAACGUUGUGCGACAUGUUUGCGUUUUAUUACAACUUCCUGGAUCACUAUGAUGAUGACCGGUCAACACAAAAAGAACACAGGCGACUAGCGUUUAACAACGCCGUCACUAAAGCCAAUCUCGGGCGUCCAUUUGGUGCUUUAAACCCAAGUACUAUAUUGUGUACCAGCAAGCACGUUCCAUCUGACGGGAAACCAACCCAUGAGAAAGGUGACCUGUUCGGCGUUCUAUCUUGUAAUCCUGAGGAUUCGCCCACAAUGCCCUGCGGCAGGUAUUUACAAUCUAUCGGCGACGACAUCCGCCUGCUGUACUAUGGAGAGCACGCUAGUGUAUACCUAUCGUGGAUCAUUUAUCAGGCCGAAACAUUCUAUAAUUUGCUGAGAGACUUAUGUGAUAAAUGUUGCAAAAAGUGCACAUCCCCGAAAUCCAUAUGUUAUGGUACACGCUGUACCAGAGAUUGUCAAGUAAAAACAGUUUAUGAAUCCAAUAAAUCAGACGAUCAUAAGGCAGACUUAAAAGCACUCGAUGGCAAAAAGCACAAUGAUGAGUGCAAUUCCAUUGUAAAUUGCUCCAAUACGCACUCAAUAUUGUAUACAUACGGUUUUACGUUUGGCAGUCCAUUCGACCUUAGUGGUGGAAAUAACAAGAUGGAGAAAAAACGCACGUGCAAAGAUUUCUGCCGCGCAUUGGACAACGUGCUUAACAAAGAAAAAGAUGUUGAAGCUCCACUUGCCAAGUUGGUAUUUGAUAUAAUUCCAGAAUAUCUAUGGGUGAUUAGAGAGCCCUUCUUCUACACCACCGUAGCCCUCUGGCUCCUCUCCCUCUUCUACCUCCUCCACAUCAUGGUCAUCCGCCUCGACCUGCUCCACAUCAAAUCGCACUUACACUCACCCUCAUCACAUCGCAUCGCCGCGCAAUCACUACUCGCCGCCGCACGUGUUGGAAGACUCAGCAAGAUAUCGUACCUGCAAACCUAA